AUGGGAGGAUGGAUAUAUAGAUAUCUAGCUAGAUAGAUAGCUCAAUAGAUAAAGAGAUAGAAAGAUAGAUAGAGAGAGAGAUAGACAGGGGGGAAGAGAGAGAGAUAGACAGAGAGAGAAAGAGGGGGAGGGAGGGAGGAUAGAGAGAGAGAGAGCACGGACAAGCCGGCAGUAUUUUCUGCGCUCAGAAAACAGAGGAGAGCGGUCGUCCUCCCCUCCACGGACAUGUGGUGCACCCAGCAGCAGCAGCAGCAGCAGCAGCAGCAGCAGGGGCAGAAAAAACCGAGAAAGACGCAAGAAGCGGCGCAGGCGGCGGCAGCGUCUGGGGCGACGGCGCGGCGCAGCCCGCUAUUCCUUUCCGUCUUUUAAUUCCUCUUUUGUGUCCUUCGGUAAUGAGCUUGCUGGGGGCCUACAAGAAGAAGACCAGUUACGAUGGCUAUGAAUGUUUGCAGUUGGUCGAUAGCGGCGGAGACAGCAGCUUCAGCACCGGCAGGGGCAGCAGCAGCGGCGGCUCCUCAGCGGCCAGCCCCGGACCCGCAGGCCCGCCGAGAGGGGACGCAGCCUGCAGCACCAUGGACAGCUCAGAUAUGGAUGCCGGCUAUGGUGGAGGCCUGUUGGAUAUGGUGAAGGGAGGAGCUGGGAAGUUCUUCAGUAAUUUCAAGGACAACUUGAAAGACACGCUGAAGGACACGUCCACAAAGGUCAUGCAUCAAGUCGCCACGUACACCAAAGGAGAGCUGGACAUUGCUUACAUCACAUCGAGGAUUAUAGUCAUGACGUAUCCAGCCGAGUCGGUGCAGAUCGGCUACCAGAACCACAUGGAGGACAUCCGCUCCUUCCUCGACAGUCGCCAUGCCGACCACUACACCGUCUUCAACCUGUCCCAGCGCAACUACCGGGGCGCCAAAUUCUCCAACAGAGUCUCGGAGUGUAACUGGCCCUCGCGCCAGGCUCCCAGCCUCCACAACCUGUUUGCUGUGUGUAAGAACAUGCACAACUGGCUCAAACAGAAUCCCAAGAAUGUGUGUGUCAUCACCUGCUCGGAUGGUCGGGCUCCCUCCGGUGUUUUGGUCUGUGCCAUGUUCUGCUUCUGCCAUCUCUUCAACAACCCAAUUCCUGCCAUGCAGUUGCUCAGCGCCAAGAGGCCGGGGUCGGGCCUCUGGCCUUCACACCACAGGUACAUAGGUUAUGUGUGCAGCAUGGUGUCGGAGAAGCCCAGCCUCCCCCACUCUAAGCCCCUGGUGAUCAAAGCCCUCACCAUGAGUCCAGUCCCCUGUUUCAACAAGCAGCGCAGCGGCUGUCGGCCCUUCUGUGAUGUCCUCAUAGGAGAAACCAAGAUCUUCACCACAGCGCAGGAGUACGAGAGGAUGAGAGAGCACAGAGUCCAGGAGGGGAAGGUGGUUUUCCCUCUGGGUGUGAGUGUCCAAGGAGAUGUCGUGGUUUCUGUUUACCACAUGAGGUCGACGAUUGGAGGUCGUCUGCAGGCCAAGGUGUCCAACACCCAGAUCUUCCAGAUUCAGUUUCACACGGGCUUCAUAGCUCCUGGAAGCACCACGUUGAAGUUUAACAAGCCGGAGCUCGAUGCCUGCGACUCCCCCGAGAAGUAUCCCCAGCUGUUCCACGUCAUGCUGGAGGUGGAGGUGGAAGGCGUGGACAAGCAGAAAGACCUGACUCCACCAUGGGAGCAGUUCCCCUGCAAAGACCUGAGUCCAAAUGUGCUCUUCUCCUGCCAUCAGGAGCACCAGGACGCCCUGGCUAUUGCAGAUGAGAUGGAGGGCUUGGAUCUGGAGGAGCCGAGCAGGCCGCACGGAGGCCCGGAGGGUCGAGCCCACGGCGAGGAGAGCGAGGCCUCAGAUGAUGAGAUGCUCUCGCUGUCCAGCCAGAGAAGCAGCAUCAGCGCCGCCCCGCAGAAACCCGAGCCGCCGGCUCCUCGGCCUGGCACCGCCGCUGCACCGGCCGAGGAGGUGGAUCUCCUCGGCCUGGAUAUGGACGUCAACCGCCCCCCGGCUCAGCCCCCGGCUUCAGCAGCCGCCACCACUGACCUCUUAGGAGACUUGUUCGGGGGUCCCACGCAGACAACCAGCGGACCCUCGUCCACACAGUCUACUCCACACAAAGUAGCCCCCAACACCGGCUCACCAUGCCCUUCUCCUGCUAACCCUGCAUUCGAUCCCUUUGGGGCGGGUCCCAUGCCGAAGUCUCAGGAGAUGAUGGGUUCUUUCCUCGGACCAGGUAACUUGGGGCAGCCAGACCCUUUUCUGCAUGCUGCUCGCUCUCCAUCACCCACCCUGCAGCCCACCGGCCUGGGUCGAAGCUCCCCCGUCCCGCCGUCCCCCCCAACCGUCAACAUCCAGCAGCAAAAUGCCAUGGGAGGAUGGGACUGGAACAGACCCGCCGCCACAAACGCAGGGGCAGGGGCAGGGUUUGGUGUGGGCAGUCGCUCGGCCACUACCAGUCCCACGGGCUCGGUCCACAGCACCCCCACCCACCAAACCAAGCCAAGCAGUCUGGAUCCAUUCGCCGACAUCGGCAACCUCGGUGGAAGCCUCGGAGGAGGUUCUGGCUUUUCCAGCAAGCCGAGCACCCCGACAGGAACGACCCCCUCCUUCCCACCGAUGGGCUCCCCGUCGCGGCCGCCGCCGUCCCCCCAGCACGCCGGAGGGUGGCAGCCGCACCCGGGCGCCAGCUUCCCCUCGUGGCAGCCGGGCGCUGCAGGUCCCGGGGGUUGGCAAGCCCAAGGACAGGGUCCCAGCCCGCAGCCAAAGCCCAGCCCCAGCCACGCCUCCAUGCCCCACACGUCGCCCCAGAACCGGCCCAACUACAACGUCAGCUUUUCAGCGAUGAGAGGGGGCUCUCCCAGCGCCGGGGCCAAAGCACAGGCGGGAAUGGGAUCACGGGGGCCCGUUGGAGACUAUCCCAGCUCUUCUUUAGGUUCAAAACCCAGAGCCUCAGAUGCCAACUUCGAUGAUCUGCUGUCCGGUCAGGGCUUUGCCGGCACCAAAGAGAAGAAAGGUCCCAGAACCAUUGCAGAGAUGAGGAAGGAAGAGAUGGCCAAAGAAAUGGACCCGGAGAAAAUAAAGAUUCUGGACUGGAUUGAGGGGAAGGAGCGUAAUAUCCGCGCCCUGCUGUCCACCAUGCACACCGUGCUUUGGGAGGGAGAGACACGCUGGAAACCGGUGGGCAUGGCCGACCUGGUCACCCCGGAGCAGGUCAAGAAGGUUUACCGCAAAGCCGUCCUGGUCGUUCACCCUGAUAAGGCAACAGGACAACCAUAUGAACAAUAUGCCAAGAUGAUUUUUAUGGAACUAAACGAUGCCUGGUCAGAAUUUGAUAGCCAAGGACAAAAGCCUCUGUAUUAAAAACAACACACACAAAAAAAACGACAACAAAAAAGACAGAAGUGAACAGCUCCAGCUGAUUUUUGUCACCUAUCCCUACAAGUGUCACCAUUCCCCGGUCGGCCGAUGACGUCCGUGCCCUCACCAAGGCAUCUAUCCGCCUUUUUGGUUCAUGCUUCUCUCCUCUCCCAGAAUGCCGAGCAUCGUCGUUGUAACUUGAUGUAACUGAACAAACGACUCCAGACGCACCCUCAGUAUGAAUGUGGUGCAACACCAUCCUUCUUUCGCCCCAAUUCAACACGCCAGAGGCACCAAGAAGACGAGGAAACGGACAAAGAGGGAUCGACAGACGAGAUAAGGGGAAAAAAAAACACAAGAGGUUUAAGGCACAAUGAGAAUUUCACAACAUUCAAACCAUUUGGGACGUAGAUUUAGCUUCUUUACAUAUCAGUUAUGUAACACCAAACACAGUUUUUCAUUCAGUGUAAUGCUCCUAAUGAUAUCAAACUACAGGUAGUAAUAAUACAUAUUAAAAAACAACAGCAGAAUGAAACUGUUAGCUGAUACAGAUGUGAGAGUCAAAAGGGAAAGAAAUACACAAAA